CGCAUCGUUUUCAUUCAGCCAUUGAACUGUGAAGAGUAGGGUCCAUACUGCUAUGGUUAAAAUGCGGCCUAUUUGUGGUUUUAUACGGAAAAUGACGCUAUCUAAAUCACUUUAGGAGUUGUCCUGCGGAGUAAGGUGAAAUAAUUCGGUGGGCUGGUGUCCUCGGUGAGGAGCAAGGGUAUAAUGUCUGGAGCGGCCGGCGGGGGAGGAGGCUCCUCCUGUUUGGGCGCAGCAGCGGCAGCCAGUUGCAGCUCUGCCGGCUCUUCCUACGCUGCCUCAGCCGCAGGAGGCGCAGGGGUGGCCGGGAGGUUACCAGCUCGCGUCCUGGAGCACGUUUUUUCCUAUCUGGAGCUGUCUGACUUGAUGCGGUGCGUGCUGGUCUGCUGGCAUUGGAAUAAUAUCCUAGCGGACGAGAACAGCGAGGUGUGGCGCAGCCUGUGUAGCCGCGCUCUGAGCGAUGAAGCAAUGCGGUCUGACAUCCUGUGCAACCUGCCCACCUACAAAGGAAAACUCAAGGCUUUCCAACAUGCUCUAAGCUCCCAUGACUGCUCCCGCAAUGUUUACGUGAAGAAGAAUGGCUUCACCCUGCAUCGCAACCCCAUCGCCCAGAGCACGGACGGUGCACGGGGUAAAAUUGGCUUUUCGGAAGGGCGACAUGCCUGGGAGAUCUGGUGGGAAGGCCCUCUCGGUACUGUGGCAGUCAUAGGCAUUGCCACCAAGCGGGCUUCGAUGCAGUGCCAGGGCUACGUUGCAUUGUUGGGCAGCGACGACCAGAGUUGGGGCUGGAACCUGGUCGACAAUAACUUGCUUCACAACGGUGAGGUUAACGGAAACUUCCCUCAGUGCAAUAAUGCACCCAAGUAUCAGAUUGGUGAGAGAAUACGGGUGAUUCUAGACAUGGAUGACAAAACUCUAGCUUUUGAGAGGGGGUUCGAGUUUCUUGGAGUAGCUUUUCGUGGACUGCCCAAAACCUGCCUGUUCCCUGCUGUCUCUGCAGUUUACGGCAACACUGAAGUCACCAUGGUAUACCUGGGAAAACCUCUGGACGGCUAAAUGCAGAAUGACCUGAGCCACCAUUUAAACAUAUAAGGUCCUUGGCGAAAUGAAAACUUUUUUACAUCAACAGACUGCUGACACUGACCCAAGGCGUUGGAGGCCACAUGGCCGAGAUUCUUCCAAACACAAUGACUUAAUUUAGAUAAAAACAAAAUGCUGGCAUUUCUACUACAGCUCGAUAUGAACUCAGACCGUUAUGAUGACUUUUUUUUCUGUCUCAACGUGGAAAAAGUCCACUUUUUACAGUUUAGCUGCUGGACUGCGACGAUUUUAUUUCCCCAGAACAGUGCUGAAUGCCUCCCUGGAAGAGACCAAAACUACUCUAAACUGUGGCAAAUACUUUAACAUGUAUUAGUUGUAAUCAGUAGCCAUUUGUCGUAUGAAUUCCUGGAAACAACUCACUGUGGAUUAACACAGUUUAUCUAUAACCAGUGGCUGGAUUAUGAAUGAAUUUACACCGAAUCAUUGUGAGCUGUUGUUAUGUUUGGAUAUACUUAAAGAUGGAGGACACGCAGACCACUUGUGCAUGAAUUCAAACAAACCCUCUUCUGAAAAACCUCACUCAGAAUGGCUCAAAGUACACUCGUCUCAUGAUAAUGUGUCCUUUUUAAUGUGCUACCAUUGUAUUACACCUUAUUUAUUUUUGUGGUUUAUCUUUAUUGUAAAUAUUGUAUGCUUAUAAGGCCUGAAAAUAAACUCUUUAAUGUGCCACUAUAAGAAUAAAGAUGGUGUUUUGACUUUAUUGCCAUGUAUGUGACUUUUAACUUUAAAGGAGUUAAAGGUACUAAUUUUAACACUUAAUUAAACUAUAUUUCUGUUAUCCA